ACCGAAGAUUGGGCGAGCAGGUGCCGCGGGUCACGCGAACGUCAUAACUCAAUCACGUGUUGUGAACGCGUGCUAUAGCGUCGCCGUGUCGCACUUCUGCGUUCCGUCCAGCACUUCGUGCUGUUGUUUGCGCCUGCGACAUAUUCUGGAACCAUGGACAGCCAGAGCACGGAAUCUACCUUGAUCAGCAGGGAUGGGUCCGUGUCUUACUCAAAGUCUCCGAAGAACAAACCAAGUCCCAUCAAAUCGAAGCGGAAAAAAAUGGAGUUUGCAGAACUGAUCAAGAUCACCAAAGUUGACCGUGUAGUUCUGCACGCACCGCUCUGCACAAGCUUUUCGGGGACGCUAUCUCUUUCGAGUCAUCACUCUAUAUUCUCUUCGCGCACUGAUGACGAUAAGGAACUAUGGUUGCUGCACAGGAUGGUUGACACUGUCGAACGACGAAUUGGGGCCCUAUCUGGGUCAUUGUUCUUGAAAUGCAAAGACUUCAGGAUAAUUCAGCUCGAUAUCACUGGUGUUGAAGCUUGCAACAAUGUUGCUGACACCAUCGAAUGCCUUUCUGCAUUAGAUAACCCGAAAUGGUUUCAUCCAUUCUUCUACAAUCCAUCUUUUGUUAUAAUGGAGGAUGGGUGGUCAGCAUUCGCAACAGAGCAAGACUUUGCCAAAAUCAAGCUGGUCUCAGAUGAUUGGCGGAUAUCAUCUGUGAACCAAGAUUUCUCGGUCUGUCCAACCUAUCCUGAACAAGUGAUUGUACCUAAGAGGAUAGAAGACAGUGUGCUGGUUGCUUCAGCUUCCUUCAGACAGAUGGGCCGUUUUCCGGUGUUGAGCUACUUUCACAAGAAAGCAAAGACGGCACUCAUGAGGUGCAGUCAGCCAUUGGUUGGAACCACGAUGCGGCGUUCUAAUGGGGAUGAGGAGCUGCUGAAGUCCGUGCUGAUGGGUGGAAAGAAGGGGUUCAUCAUCGACACCCGAACACAGAAUGUUGCUCAGUUAGCAAAAACAAAAGGUGGUGGCUGUGAGCCUGAAGUGCAUUAUCCAAUGUGGACGCGCCUGCACAAGCCAAUCGAGCGCUAUACAGCCCUCUUGGAGUCCCUCUCCAAAGUGGUGGAAGGAAUGCGCAAACACUCACAUCACAGAGUACGUGGACCUUUGGGCUCACUAGACACUAAACAACCAGCAAAAACCAACCGAUACUUCCUGGCAUCAACCGACACCGGCGUAAGCAUGGACAAGUGGCUGUCCCGGCUCGAAGCAUCGGGGUGGCUGAGUCAUAUCAAGAGCGUUCUCUCCUGCGCCUGCUUUGUUGCCCAGUGCCUUGACCAGGACGAACGCUCCGUGGUGAUACAUGGGUCCGAAGGUACGGACUCGACCUUGCUUGCGUGCUCCCUGGCUCAGGUGAUCCUGGACCCGGACUGCCGAACGAUGCGUGGGUUCCAGGCGCUUGUGGAGCGCGAGUGGCUUCGUGCAGGACACCCAUUUCGUCUGCGCUGCCAGCAAGGUGCUUUUGCGCCUGCCAGCAUGCGUACCAAGGAACAGAGCCCCACCUUCCUCAUAUUCCUGGACUGCGUGUUUCAGAUUCACCAACAGUUUGCCUGCUCAUUCGAAUUCAACGAGCAGUUUCUUAUUAUGCUGUUUGAACACAGCUACUGUUCUUCAUUUGGCACAUUCCUCGCAAACUCUAUGAAGGAAAGAAAAGAACUCAAGCUGGCGCAGAAAACAUACUCUCUGUGGUCUUAUGUAAACUCGCCAGACAUGCUGGCAGAGCUUACGAAUCCAAUGUACGACCACAACAACCAGGUGAUCUGGCCAUCAGUGGCCCCUCAAAGCUUAGUUUUGUGGCCAGCCCUGUUCUUACGCUGGGUCUAUGAUCAGAAGCCUCAGAAGGAAGCGUGGGACAUGGUAUUGGAAAUCCGAAACAGAGAUAAGGAACUACGCUCUAAAGCACUUAGGCUACGCAGGCAACUGCUAGAGCUGGAAGAUGAGGCUGUUGUCCAGGGCGUCUUGCAAGACUCUCUUAGCCUGCUUGAAUGACAUCCGAGGAGGGGCUCAGUGCCCUCUUCACAGCGGGGAAGCACCAGCGCUGUGGAGGACAUGGGGCCGAGCCAUCAGCAGAUAACUGCACUGGCUCAGGAAACUGCCAGCACCGGCAGCCGAGCUUCUUUCUCUCACAUGUCAUCCGCGGGUUCGCCUCAGUCGUCCCUGUCCUCGUCACCAGCUGCCACUUCCUCUGGUACUCCCUCGCACGUGCGCAGACUCCUCAGAAGCCUGCUGCAUCUAAGCUUGGACAGCCAUGCAGGAACUCGCCUGGCUCCGGACUUUGGAGCUGCGUCGUUUGAUGAGUUGACUUUCAAGCGGGGUGAUGAUGAUUGACGUCCUUUUGUGUGGCUUUAAAAUUGCGGCGGUGUUGUUGGCCAGUGUUCUUGGCCGGUCCUUCUUGUCUUUUGUCUGGUGAUUGAUGCCCAUAACACUGGAUUUUCUGGAUUGAGCUCAGAUUUUAAUCCAGAGGUUUUCAGAUUUUCAUGUCGAGUAAGAUUGAGCCGAGGUUUUUUAUGAUUGCAUGGAGAAUGCGACUAUAAGAUGCGUCAGCUGAGGACAUUUUGUAAUAGUUCUUAAUUCACCAGUGAUACAAUGCAUUUUGCAACUUUUGACCAUUACCUUUGUGUUGGUUGUUGCUUGCUUCAGUACUUUUCAACAUCAAAAGGAAAACUCCAACUUGCUGAAUAUUUGAUGUAUAGUAUUGCAUUGUGAUAAACAUGGCUGUGGGCAUUUUUAUAACUUGCUUCACUGUUGUUGCUGCAGUAUUCUGUUCUUUAAUCCCAACAACUGCUACAUGGCAUAAGUCACAGUGCUGUGUAUUCAAGGAUCUCAGCAUGUACUGCACAUCUUUUCUGUGGGAGUUCUUGUAUACACGUACUUCUUGCAAUGCUACACUUCAGGCCUUAGCUUAUAAGGUUGUUCAAGGUUGACCAAGGCAUCCAUUUUUGACAGUAAACAGGAAAUGUGCUACAAUUAUGAAACUAAGUCAGCUUUUCACCUCCCCACAUGCACAUUUUGCCACUGUUGCUAUUGUAUUUGCCGUCUGAUUCAUUCGCACAAUAGGAGCUGCAUCGCAGUUUGAGCUAGCGCAGGGUCACAUUUUGCAGCCAGGCGAACGUGCCCGUAAAAUUCAUUGGUGUCUGCUUGCUGCUUUUUCAGCUACUGAGAUCAAGCAUAUAUUGGUGUCUGUUACAUUGUUUACCACACCAUACUUGCAGUUUUCGAAGAAUUUUAGCUGAAUUGACAAUGUUGUCUUGCAAAUUUGAUCGCACGUAGGUGCUUCAUAAUCACAGGCACAUUGGCCUCCGUUAUAAUAGCUGGAACUUCCGUGUCUAAUGUGUUGCUAAUGUGUUGCUGUGUAUAAUAUUGUUGCCUCAUUUGAUAAUUCUGUCAUUCUUCAGCUGUUCUUUUACCUCCCAUAAGGAAAAAUCCAGUCAGCUCUGAACCACUCUUGGAGUGAUGUUCUAAAAGUCAAACAAGUUAGCCCUUCUGUGCCCAAGUAACUUGUGCUGAAUUGGUUAGGCCCAUUACAUUUUCUAUAUGCUCUAGAGCAGUGCUUUUAUAAAUGUGGUCUGCAGACUCCCAGAGGUCAAUGGGGUCUAUGAGCACUACUUGCGACAUGUCAUCAACACGCACUGUCUUCCAAAAAUAACAGACAAGCGAUCUGGCAAGGCACUUGCAACAUAUAGAUUCCUCGCGAUGAUGUAGACAGCAGUGGCCAUUACUUUUCUACUAGUAUGUAAACUUCAACUAUUUUUGUUUACUUAUCCUGACUCGCAUUUUCUACAUGCCACAUCCACCGUUAUCACCAAUCCAGACUUCAAGGGACAUAUGGCGCACCUUAAUGCAAUCAGGGUAGCUGCAAAUACUGUUUUCAUUGUGGCCCUAAGUUCAUUUCUGUUUUAAACCCGAGAAUUCAAAGUGUUACUGAAGCUGCAUCCUCACAGUGAACCAAGUGCAUGCUUUGGUCUGCAGACUAGGCAUCAUGUGACCUUGCGUUUCUGGCUUCACGAGGGCAAUAUCUGACUGUGGACUGUGAGGAGGGGAAAUAGCAUCUGGCUUUUUCGUUGCCAGGUGGGCCUGAACUGGGUUGCAGACCAAGUAGCUAUGGAGCAAGCAUAGAUACUUAGCCUGGAAACUGAGCGUUGCUUCCUCUACCUCCUUGCAAUUUGGUAUGUCGUCAUCGUUAGGGUCGCGGUCGUUGUUGUCAUCAGUUGUCUCACCGAAUAGAGGUUGUUGUAUUGCAAGGUUUCUAAUUACUCGGCACGUGCAGCAUUUCUGGCUUCGUGUUGAGCUGUUUUGUCUUGCCAGCUUAUCAAAACUUCGCCUACACUGAUUCCCACAAUGUCUAUGUGAGAUCUGCAUGAUCCUUUUUUUUGGUAUCGUCAUGGCCAAAAAUGCUUGCAGUAAGUCACCAUGGCUCUUGUUUCUUGUGCACCUGUGUUUCAGACAAUACGAAUGUGGCAUUUCUUUCUCUUAUCUGUGCAUGAACAAAGUGCCCGCAUUAGGUUAGGGAAAGGUCUAUAAGACACUCUUUCUGGAGGAAGUGAUGUGGUACGGAAGUAUUACUUUAUGUUGAAGAGAUACAGUGUGGGCCAUCGUGUUGCAAGGCUGUGGAUGCUCACAGGUGUGCCUGUUUUGGCAACAGAUCAUAGCGUGGUACUCUGUUCAGCUAAUCAGUGCCAUUUUUUCUCUUUGUAGGUGAGUGCUAAUUGCAGCUAAACCAUUGUAGUCCUGCCAUCAUGUAACCGAUUGACCAGCAAGCUGGUAUCUCAUGUGGAUCAAGUUUAAAGGGCCCCUAAACCAUUUUGAGCUCAAAAACAUGUUAUAUAGUGGCAACUGUGUACCAGCCUGCAAUCAACAUACAGAUAUAGAAUAAUUUUUUUGUUAAUUAUGUCGAAAACUGUGUGGUUGCUGCUGUUUCUCAAUUGCCCUCUCUAUUCUCCCCUUGGAUAAGCCUCUUCACUUCACCGCAUACUUCUUUAUCCUCCAGCUCGCCAAUUCUGUGCAUGCAGCAAUAGUAACAGGUUGCAUUAGCCACCCGGAGUAAAAAACAAAAAGAAUGGGUUCUUUCAUAGUCCAGGGCUGCUAUCUUGCACGCGUUCAAAAAGCCGACAUUCAGUUUUUGAAUGCAUGCAAGAUAGUGGCCCUGAUCACACUUCUUGGAGUGUCAGCUUGUUUGAAGCUCGACAGAAGGAUCAGUGGGGUGCACCCCCCUUCCUCCUCAGAACACGCAGGCCACUUUUGUCACAUUGGCAAAUUGCCCCUCAUAUGCCAAUUAAUCAACAGCUUUUACCUUGGUCACGUCAAGCACAUGACCCUGCUGGCAUCACAAUGUUUCAGUUUAUUGUUCAUUCAAGAUACAUGGUUGUUAGUGGUAUACUGGCGAAGAUCCCAAAGUCCAACGACUGCAGUGGGACCCUAGGUUAACAAAUAGAUUGACACAAAAUGAUUCAUUGUUAUAGCAGUGUAAAAUUGUGCAAUCUAUAAGUAAAAAAGAAAUGAACGAAGUAGUGUGAAGUAGUGUAAUGUGUGAAGAAGAAACCAGAAAAAAAAAUGUAAUAGGUUUAGGAGCCCUUUUAAGUGGAUUCGAGGGUUUGCAACUGCUAGUUAAGAACUCCUGCUUUAGAGGCUGCAGUGGCAUGAUCAUUCCAAGUCCCCAUUGAAGUUUUUUAAACCAAAAUCUGCUUUUAAUCUUGUCCUUCUUGUGUUGGGACUCGAGAAACCAUGGUUCCUUCCUCAAGCUUGGUUGUUUCUAUAGCUGAACACUUGAUCUUCUUGUCUCUGUACUAUAGUGAAUGUGUAAUCCUCAUACCAACAAGCCUACUGAGCACUGCGUGCUAGUCUAUUAGUCUGCAUUUUUGUAUAUAUUGGCUUUUAGUUGCUGAGAAAGAAAAAAAAGCCCCAUAGGUUGCUUGCCAUGAGUGCGAGAGUUAUGGUAACGCAUGCAUGGCAUACACUGAAUAUGUGGCAUUGAUGUGACGCUAAUCUCACUUCCCUUACAUAAUUGACAUAUUUUUCAUCUAUAUGAAUUCUUGGUUGAAUAACAUGCUUUCUUUUUUAGUUGGUUUAUGUGUAAAUUAUAGCAUGUGUAUGCAGCAUGUACCAUAAAUCAAAGCUUUCCAUGUUGAAAAAGAUGUGUGCGGUGUGCUGUAUCUCUCUCUCUCUCUUACUGUGUGCAUAUCACACCAGUGUGUAAGAACACCGCAGAUCAGCUGUCACUGGUUGUUAUGGUGGAAGGUGUAACCGGCGAUGCUGUCGUAGAGAUUGUCCUUGAUAUGGUGCACAUUCGUGCCUGUGUUGAUGACAGUUCUUCAGCAGCUUGUGAUACUACCCAUUGUUGUCUAUAUAAGUUCUGGUAAGCUUUAUUUUAAUCAUUAAGUAUAUAUACAUUUAUAAAAAAAAAUAACUUAGCACUGUUUCUGUGUGAUGCUGUACUGAGGACACUUUCUCUUAUAUGCUCAAGAGAAGUCGCAGUGCCAUUUAUUAUACUAUUCUUUGAAGUCAACAAGAUGAAACUUGGUCAUAUGUACAUUGCACUUUUGCAUUACUUGUGUUAAAUAGUAUUUCACUGUGUUUGAUUCAAUGCUGUGUGCCCUCCGAACCCUACACUUAUUUUAAUAUCUCCAUUUUUCAGUUUUCAAGUAAUGUGCAUUAUGCAAUGUGUCCAGUUUGCACUUUAUCUGCUUUCUGUAGCUGUGUACUUGGAAGGCAUUAAUUGUUUCGUUUUUUCCCCCAUCCAUAUUUUUCACUGCUACUCUAUCAAUUUCUAACGAACACAUUCGUAUAACAAAUAUAGGAUAUAUAACGAAGGUAUUUUCAUGUCAAAUGUGAUUCUGUUGCGUAGAGAUUUGCCUGUAGUAUGCUUGAUGUUUGCUGUUAUACUGAUUGAAAUGCUUUCCCCCCUCAUGCUUUCAACCGAUGUAUUACUUGCAGUUGCUUGGUACCCAACUUAUCAGUAACCGCUAACGUCCUGCAAGGAGCUAAAAUGUUGCCAAUCUAGCCUUAAUCAAAAAAGCUGCUAAAAUGGCAGCCACAGUGCACCUAAAUGAUGACCCUCUUGUGAAUAUGAGAUAUGUCUUUUAUUGAAUACUCUAGAAACAAUGUUAUUACACAUUAACCUAGUACCAGAAACAAAUUCACAAGUGCAGCUGAGGCAAUUUCUUGUGCUGUCAUCCAAAAUAUCUGACUGACAAUGCUUCCAGCAGUGUCCCGAGUAGCUAAAAGGCAGCGAGGUCAGAAGGGAGUCCAAGUUCUUGCAGCUUAGUGGCCGCAGAAGUAGCUGUUUUGGUGCAAGGCUCAAUUUUCAAGAUAAGGAUCAUUUUUCUUUUUAUUUUCUAUUGCAUGUAGUAUAUGAACUGGUCCAUUAUGAAAGCAAACUCACAAUCGGCGUUAAAAAUUAUUACAGCAGGCAUGCGAGUUCAAACCUCAAUUUUCGUCACCUGCUAAGUACUCCCCGCAGGAAACAGUGUGCCUGGCGGUACUUUUCUGAUUACAGCACAGAAUAAAUGUAAAUCGGGCCUUACCUUACAUCCGACCUGUACAUUGCAACUUGAGCACCUAGUGAGAUGGACAGUGGCUCUGCAAGGAACAUGCAGCCUCUGGGGUUUAUGUUCUUUAGAGUUUAUCUAUCAAUCGUGCAUGCAUUUCCUUUUUAACACUUGCCCACUGCUUUCCUGUCAGAGACUGCGUUGCACUGGCAUGCCUUCUGUCACCUGAAUGGGCUUGGACUGCACCAUUAAAGAAGUGCACUAUGGAUGAAUGAUGAUUAUUGUUGGGGGACAAUAUAAGCACUUAAAGGCGCACAUUUUUCUUGGAUUUUACAGCUUAAAACAUUGUACUCUUUUGAGCUUAUUUUGACCCCCUCCCCCCUGAUAAUAAUAAUCAUGAAUCUUAUGCACACUUUCUUUGUUCAACACUCUGUUCUCUACUUUCCUUUCUUGAAUGCUAUGUCAUGCUGAUACGCAAGUUCCAACUGUGACCUGAAUGCACUGGGAGUGUAGCAUUAAACAAAGGAAAUGCAUGCAUGAUAGAUGGCAACUGUUGCUUGGGAGCAAGAUGAGCCUCAUAGGGUGGGAAUAUUUCUUAGAGUACUUGUAUAUUUGACUACAUUUAUUUAAGUUUUUAUACUCCCCAUUGGAGGAGUAUGCUUGCCUUUCAAUGGUGCAAAUUCAUUCUGUCCGUGCAUAAGCAGAGUGGGCAUUACAUUGGAAUUGGAAGGAGCUAAAACUUACUGUUGCAAAAGGAGGCACCAGCCCUUCGUUGUCCAUAGGGGGCAGAAAUACAGUGGCCAGUGUUACUGUUAUACUGUUAUUACCAGCUUGUAAAUUAUACAGACAUUGUGGCUGGCAGUAUGCGGCCUUAAUAAUUUAUUCCACUCUAAGAGCACUCAAUUAUAACACAAGAAUGAAAUCCGUGUGUUUUGACUUUUACCCCUUGGAGGCUUUUGUGCAUGAAGUGUACUUUAUAGCUAACGAAGGAAAAUGCUUAUUCGAAUGUCUGAAUCAAUACGAAGGUCUUGUGCCUGGCAUAUUCAGUUGAAAUAACUUCAAUUGAACAGUUGAAAUAUUCAUUGCAGGGCUAUGCUCCACCAAGAUGUUUAACUGUCGGCUUUCACAGCAUAUUUAAAAAUGAGUGAAAUCUCAAUCUUCCUGAAACAAUGCAAAGUUGACUGUUUGAUGUGACAUGACCUUAUAAAUAAGCCGUGAACCACUUCUAAGUGUUGUUUUUGUUGUGCUGAUGCUUUGUGUGUUUAGCCUUUUCAGGAAUCCUGUAGUUUAAGUAUUGUGACUUGCGUAAAAUAUCCCUUGUACAGAUGUUGAAAGCUGUUUGCAUUGCACUUUUUUCUGUUCUGAAGGUAGGCUUUGAAAUUGUGUCCUGAGAACUUGCGGACGUGUUCAGGGUGAUCUUGGUACUGAGGUCAUAAAAUGCUCAUAUCUACCUUUAGACUCUUUGGGAAACCUUUACCUGAGGAACAGGUAAAUGUUUAUAGUGGGAAUGGUUUGCCUGAAUUGCUUGUGCCUGAGUGGCAAUCGUGCACACUGUAGGUUUGUAUUCAGCUAAUUUGGCACAAACAUGGGAUUUCUCAUGGCUUAAGGAAAGACCUAGUCACUGAUAGGUACUUGUAUUUGCUAUGACAUAUUUAUUAAUAGUUAAUUUUAUAAAUGCACUUAAUUUUUUUUUCUGUUAAUAGAUAUAUACGUGUUCACACAGGCCAAUGCACUCAUGCAUUGCUAACAAUAUGACACUAGAAAUUUACUGUUGAAAAAGUUUGGCGUUACUCAAUAUUUGUUGCUCACAAAUGUUGCCAUCACCAUAUUAAACUGCUUACUGAGCUUA